CAUUUUUUAUCUCUUUCUCUCUCUCUCUCUUUCUCUCUAUUUCUCUGAACAUAUAGACGUGUUAAAGAUUGUUUCGUAAAUGAAACAAUUUUAAAUAAGGAAAUAGUGAGAGAAAGUGAUAAAAAAGUUAAUGAACAUAGAGUGAUUUAGACAAGUAGAACCUCUUAAAGAAGCAGACAUGAAGAAGGUACCGACACCUACGAGAAGCCAGGACAAACUAGAAUCCACAGGAUCUACAGUAUCUGCAGGAUCGUUUGCAAUAUCAAGCAAUGGAAAUGAAACAUUAGCUAUGAGCGGAUCAUCGAGUAUAAUUGAUACAACGAUAGACUGCUUUCUGAAAUAUAUGAAGGAAAUAAUUAAGGAUGAAACGGCAAGCAAGAAGGAAAUUAAAAAUAUGAUUAUGGAAGUAAUUCGAGAAAUUAAAAUGAUAAUUCGAGAAGGGAUAGGAUCUAAUAAGCACGAAUUGGGAAAGGAUGAAACAGAAUGCAAGAAGGACAUCGAAAUAAUUAAAGAAAUAAUUCGAAGAGAAAUAAAACCUUUUAUUAAACAAGAAUUGGAAGAUUUAAGAAAAAUGCAAGGAGGAACUGAUGGACUAAUAGGAGAAGAUCAAAGAAGCUACAGUGAAGCAGCGAAAGAGAAGAAGAAAGAAAAUGUCAUUAUUAAACUUGAGAUUCAGCAGGAAGAGCUAAUAGGAGAAGAUCAAAGAAGUUACAGUGAAGCAGCCGAAAAAAAAAAUAAAGAAAAUGUCAUUAUUAAAACUGAAAUUCAACAGGAAGAGAACCUAAUACUAUAUACAAAUGUGCAAAGUUUGACGACACAUAAGGACGAGGUACAAGAUAAGGUUAAUAAGAAAAAUCCUGUGCUGAUAGCGCUGUCUGAGACCAGAUUGACUAAAAAAAUUAAAGACAGUAAAGUGAAUAUACCAGGUUAUACUAUCGCGACUAGACAAGAUUUUGAAACUGGAAACUCAGGAGGAGUUAUUAUAUACGUUAGGGAUGAUAUUAUACAUACGGAAGAAUUUUCGGAUUUAAAAUCAAAAUGCUGGUGUGUUGCUGCGAUACACGUAAAAAAUAAAGUGUAUAAAGGUUUUGUAGUGGUACUUUACCGUUCACCAACCAAGUUCAAACUCUCUAAUCAAUCUAACACUGAUCCUACGUUUAUAAAAUUUCUAGAGGAGAUGCUAGAAAAAAAAUUAAUAAUAAAAGGAGAAUGUAUUAUGAUAAUUGGAGACUUUAAUAUAAAUUUUAUGGACUCGAAAAAUUUUUAUACGAACUCGUUAAAAACGACAAUGCUAAGCCUAGGUAUGAAACAAUAUGUUAAUAGACCAACACGUAUUAUAAAUGGUAGACAAACAAUAAUAGAUUUAGUCUUUGCUAAUAAGGAGGUAGAAUUGCAAGUAGAUUAUGAAUCUCAAAUAGCGGACCAUGCGUGGUUAAAAGUGAAAUUGAAUGCGAGUAGAUCUGAGAAUAAAUAUAGAGAAUACAGUGUUAGGGAUAGCCAAUUUGAAGUAGACGUUUUUCAUGGAUUAGUGGUUAAUAAGUUAGAGGAGAUUCGCAGAUUGAAUAUCAGUGAUAGAGCGGAACAAUUUGUAUAUUACAUAAUAGAUGCGCUGAAUAUUAUAGCACCUAUAAAACAAAUCAGAGUUCCAAUAUGGAAUGAGGAGAAAUGGUCCUUACAAUCAGAUGAAAUGAGAGAAGCGGAUCUGAGAGAUGAGGCAUAUGGAAAAGCGCGAUGUAAUGAUAUGGAACAAAAUUAUUUGCAAUUUACAAUUGAAGAAAAUUCCGUAGAUGAAUUAAAUAAGAAAAAUAAAUAUUAUGAAAAUAUGAUAGAUCGUAAUAAGGAUAAUCCUACAAAUAUGUGGAAAAUUUUGAAAGAGAUGGUAAGAGAUGAGCCAACAGAUAACGAGAAAUAUUAUGAAUGCAAUAUAGCCGAUAAAUUUAAUUUAUAUUACACCCAAAGUAUUAAUACUAUAGUAGAAUCUAUAAACAGCAAUAAGAUUACUGAUGAUAUUAUUGAGACUAUUGAUGAAUGUGUGAGAACUGUUGUCAUUAAAAAUAAGGGAAUGGAUAAAUUUGAGAUAAUUAACGUAGAGAAUCUGAAUAAGAUUGUUAUGCGAUUACUAAAUAAAAAAGGCACGGUAGAGGUAAUAAAACAAGAGAAAAUAACUAGCGAUGUGUUACAAAAGGUGUGGUAUAAAAUAAAUGAAGAGUUUGUUGAUAUAAUAAAUACUUCCUUAAGGGAAGGGUGUUGUCCAGAAGUGUGGAAAACAUCCACAAUCAUACCGAUUCCAAAAAUAGAAAAUGCGAAAAAAACGAGUGAAUAUAGACCUAUUAAUACGUUAUCAAUAUUUGAAGAAGUUUUAGAGUUAGUAGUAAAAAGACAAAUUGAAGGGUAUUUGGGAGAAAACAAUAUUAUAACAGAGCAUCAGUCAAGUUUUAGGAAACAGUAUUUGUAUGAUUCGUAUGAAACAACAAUCCAAAUCAUCAUUGACGAAUGGAGACUAAUAGUUAAAAGAGAAAAGGUAGGAGUAAUUUUCAUUGAUCUUAAACGGGCUUUUGAAACAAUAGAUAGGGAAAGAUUAUUUAAAAAAUUAUGUCAAUAUGCAAUUGGGGGGAAAGUAUUAGAAUGGUUAAAAUCAUACUUUGAGAAAAGAACACAGCAGGUUCGAUUUAAUAAUGAAUGGUCAAAUUUAUUGACCACGGAAUAUGGAGUACCUCGGGGAUCUGUAUUAGGACCUUUAUUAUUUAUAAUAUAUAUAAAUGAUAUAAUUAAAGUAUGUCCAGAAGGAUGCAAUAUAAAAAUGUUUGCAGAUGAUAUGCUAAUAUAUGUGACUGAUGAAAAUGGGAAGGAAUUAGAGAACAAAAUGAAUACGGCAUUUAAUAAAGUAGAAACGUGGAUGAAUGUAAAUAAGUUAAAAAUAAAUACAGAGAAAACAAAAUUUAUGAUAGUUAAAGAUAGAUAUCAAACACGAAUAAAAGAUGUUAUAGUGUUGAAGUGUUUAGAUGGAACUGAAAUAGAGCGUGUAGAAGAAAUAAAAUUUCUUGAUAUAAUUAUUGAUGACAAUCUGCAAUUUGAAAAUCACUGUAAUCAUAUAAUUAGUAAUAAGAUAGGGGAAAAAAUGAGUAUUUUAAAUAGGAUCAAUAGUUAUGUAUCACCUAACACUAUGUGUAUUAUCUACGAAUCAAGUAUAGCACCUUAUUUUGAGCAUUUUGCGACAUUACUGUUUAACAUGCAAAAAUUACAGAAAAAUAAGAAAUAUAAAAAUAAGAAUCUGAGUAAAAUGGAGAGAUUGCAAGAAGGGCAAAAUCGGGUCAUGAGAGCUAUAUUACAAUGUGACAUAAAUACCGAAGCGAAAAAUAUGCUGCAAAAGCUACAGUUUAUGUCUGUAAAACAGAGUCUAUAUUAUAAUGUGUGUAUAUUUAUUUCUCAAACUAAAAAUGCGCAGGAAAGUACGUUUUAUGAAGUGUAUAACACCUUACCACCCAAGAUAAAACAGUGCAAAGGAGAUAAAUUUAAACGGAAGCUAAAAAAGUAUGUUUUAGAUAACAUAUUGUAAUUGUGCAAUAUAAAAUAGGUGAGAAAACUGGUAAGUAAUAAAUAAAUAAAUCAAUCUCUAUCGUU